UGUGUGUGUGUUGUGUGCAACGAAAUAGAUAGAUGUUGGAGGAUUAAGUCUAGUUUUAAGACUUUUUCAAGCCUCAAUAGUUUGAAUGCGUCCAAUAUUUGUCCCUAAUGGUGCAUACAAUAGAAGUCUGAAGACAUUUGGAUCAUAGCACUAUUUGAUUUUCAACAAUUAUGAAGUUAUUGCGCAAGGACAUCGACAAGGACGGGAAAGGAAUUGUUGCGUUGAUUCCUGAGGAUGCUGAGGACAUUUGGCACGCCUACAAUCUCAUCCACCCGGGAGAUGCAAUUCGAGCCUCAACAAUCAGGAAGGUGCAGACCGAGUCGGCCACGGGCUCCUCCUCCAGUAACCGAGUGCGCACCACGCUCACCAUUCAGGCGGAGGAUAUGGACUUUGACACACACGCGGCCGUGCUGCGCAUCAAGGGCAGGAACGUGGAGGAGAACCAGUAUGUCAAGAUGGGAGCGUACCACACCCUGGACAUAGAAGCCAACCGGAAGUUCUCUCUGCAGAAGAAUUACUGGGACUCCAUCUCCAUCGAGCGGGUGGAGAUGGCCUGUGACCCCACUCAGCACGCGGAUCUGGCCGCGGUGGUUAUGCAGGAGGGUAUAGCUCACGUCUGCCUGGUCACCUCCUGUAUGACGAUCGUGAGAGCCAAGAUCGACCAGUCCAUCCCCAGGAAACGCAAGGGACACACCUCGCAGCACGAGAAGGGCCUGCAGAGGUUUUUCGAGACGGUGAUGCAGGCGGUGUUGCGCCACGUGCGGCUGGACGUGGUGAAGUGUGUGCUGAUCGCCAGUCCCGGCUUCGUCAAGGACCAGUUCGCCGAGUACAUGUGGCAGAUGGCGUUCAAGACGGACAACAAACAGCUGCUGGAGAGCAAGGGCAAGUUUCUGCUGGUACACGCCUCGUCCGGCUUCAAACACUCGCUCAAAGAGGUGCUGCAGGACCCGGCCGUCACCGCGCGGCUCUCCGACACUAAGGCUGCCGGCGAGGUGAAGGCUCUGGAGCAGUUUUACCGCACGCUUCAGGACGACCCGGCCAAGGCUUACUACGGCUACAAGCACGUACAGAUGGCUAACGAGGCGCAGGCCAUCGAGACGCUGCUCUGCUCCGACAAACUGUUCAGGUCGCUGGACCUGGCAGAAAGAAAGAAAUACGUCGCGCUGGUGGACAGCGUAAAAGAGUACAACGGCGAUGUCAAAAUAUUCUCCAGCCUCCACAUUUCCGGAGAACAGCUGGAACAGCUGACCGGUAUCGCCGCCAUCCUGCGGUACCCCAUGCCGGAGAUCGAGUCGGACGACGACCCCUCGGACAGCGACAGCGACUAGUGACCUCCUGACAGGGUAGGGUACCCUUCGGACGAAAGCAGUGGCCCAUUUGGCAGGCUGGGUCACCCUGGACAGAGACAGGGGUAGUGACCCUCUGACAGGGCGCUGGCGUUCAGUGCCUCUGUUCUAUGGGGACCUGGAGAAGAUCACCGUGGAUCACCUCUGUCUUGUUGCUGAAUGACUGAGCCACCAGGUGAUCCGACCGACCAUUGGUCGCUGAUCUGUAUCAUAGACAGACUGUGCGGAGCUCUUAUCCCGGCGGACCGGCUGUGUACCUCUAUACGGUCGGAACUGUACCUUGACCAUCAGUUUCGCCGUCGAGCAAGUCCGCUCAGGUCAGAGUGAGAAUUUCUGAGGCCGUAGUCUCGGGAACGGCUGGGGCAGCGGCUGUGACGGCCCUGCGGUAGGAUCGUGCCUAUAAAGGAUCGAUGCUACGGUCGGUCUAUGCGCUGUGUAUUUCUUAUCACGGCCCACGCUACUUGCAACGUGUUUCGCGGAUCGGUCGAUGUUUGUUAAUUUAUUCAGAUUGACAGCUUUACUGUCAGAUUUUGUGGCACUGUUGUCCUGUCAGUGCCCGACAUUGUUUCGGUUUUAACGACGAUAUUUUUGCCAGUCGCUGCGUGGCUGGUUGACAGCGGAGGUCGAUGGUUCGCCGGCAUAUGAUCGCGAUUGUUCUGUAUCGUUCGGCAGCGGCGACCCCACUGCUGACAGCAGACCUUCAAAUCAAUCUACAACCCAUUAGAAAAUUGCAAAACCAUCACAUAAACUCAGUUGUAAUCCUGACUGGACAGUUGCCUGGUGCUGAGAUCUGGAACGGGUUUUUACCCGUUCAGCCCCAGUCACCCUCAGCCUGCACUAGCAGUCUGUCCCGCCGUUCAACUCAUUAGACUAAUGGGUGGCGACGUCGGCCGCGUGGGCUGAGCUGUCCCACUCGGUCGGGGCACGGCAGCUGUCCGCGGCCCGCCCACCUAUCUGCACGCCCUUAUAAACAGCCUCUCGCCGGAUUAACCCCGGCACGGGCAUCCAUUCAGCCGUCUUCUGCCCGGCUGUGUGCCAAUUUAUCGGACAGACCGUGACACAACACACGAGCGAGGUGACUGUGUGCAGACAGAGAUAACACGGACGGAUGCUGUGCUGUGUCUGGCCGCUUGAGCCUCAUGGAGGCUGUAAAGCAGCCGGGUGCUGCCAAACCGGCGAUACAGCGUGGUGUUCAGUCUCCUGUGGCGAAACUGCUCGGCUGUGCAGAGGCUGAGCGCUACGCGCAGAUAAUCGCUUACUGUUCAGUUAUGGAGGCUGCCAUAUGAUGCUGCCCAGUCGAUAGGCGUUCGAGGAAACACAAUCACCUGCUGAAGCUACAGAGUGAGGGCUUUCCGCCGAGCUGAGGGCUCUGACAGCGCAUAUCAGCGUACCGUGAAGCUGCAGUCUUCUCGGCCCGUCCCGGUCGGUUCCUGCGCCUCUGUGAUAAGGCUCGCAAGCAGCUUUCACCCGCCAGUCUGUUCUUAGUGACCACAGCCGCCGCCGAGACAGGCAAGGGGUUUUGCUCGAUCGCACCGAUCGUUUGCGUGUGCUGUGUGCUGGCGCGCGCGUCAGCGGUUGUCUAGGUACUGAAGAUCUGGGGUGACUGCGUGUGUGUGCUAUGUAUACGCGCUCAGCAGGUGCAGUGUAGGAUGGGGUUACACAAGGGGGCGUAUUUAAACCAUGCGGUCAAGGCUUGAGGUGGCUGAAUCUAAUUAUUCGUCUGUUUGGACGCGAAUGUUUGAAUAUUGGCUGUUGUAUGGCCGAUGUCUUGUGAUUGUUUCGUUUACAUGGGUAUGCUUGUAAUAAAACCCGCGAUAGUU